AUUAAGCGGAGCAGACCAAAAUCCCAAACAAGGAAAUGGUGGGGGAAUAAAACGACCAGAUUAUUUAAUUAAUGCAUGUAAUAAUUAAUAUUUUAUUUGAUUGUAAAUUAAGACGCAUUUAUGGGUUAGAAUGGAUUACGACUUCAAAACAAAGCUGGCGGCCGAGAGAGAGAGAGUGGAAGAUCUGUUCGAAUAUGAAGGUUGCAAAGUGGGUCGAGGCACCUACGGGCACGUUUAUAAAGCUAAGCGCAAAGACGGGAAAGAUGAGAAGGAGUAUGCACUGAAACAAAUAGAAGGCACUGGAAUAUCGAUGUCUGCCUGCAGGGAAAUCGCUCUGCUACGAGAACUGAAGCACCCAAAUGUUAUUGCCCUGCAGAAAGUCUUCCUGUCGCACAGUGACAGGAAGGUUUGGCUACUCUUUGACUAUGCUGAACACGAUCUUUGGCACAUCAUCAAGUUCCAUCGCGCCUCCAAGGCCAACAAGAAGCCCAUGCAGCUGCCCCGAGGGAUGGUGAAGUCCCUCCUGUAUCAGAUUCUGGAUGGGAUCCAUUACCUCCAUGCCAACUGGGUCCUCCACAGGGAUCUGAAACCAGCAAACAUCCUGGUGAUGGGGGAGGGUCUCGAACGAGGAAGAGUUAAAAUCGCUGACAUGGGUUUUGCCAGAUUAUUUAACUCUCCCCUCAAGCCGUUGGCAGACCUGGAUCCUGUGGUGGUGACCUUCUGGUACAGAGCCCCUGAGCUUCUGCUGGGCGCUCGACACUACACCAAAGCUAUUGACAUUUGGGCAAUUGGCUGCAUCUUUGCGGAGCUGCUAACAUCAGAGCCCAUCUUUCACUGUCGCCAAGAAGAUAUCAAGACAAGUAACCCCUUCCAUCACGACCAGCUGGACAGGAUAUUCAGUGUCAUGGGUUUCCCUGCAGAUAAGGACUGGGAAGACAUUCGAAAGAUGCCUGAGUAUCCGACUCUGCAGAAGGACUUCAGGAGGACAACAUACGCAAACAGCAGCUUAAUCAAAUACAUGGAGAAGCAUAAAGUCAAACCAGACAGCAAAGUUUUCCUUCUGCUCCAGAAACUCCUCACGAUGGAUCCCACCAAAAGAAUCACAUCAGAGCAGGCACUGCAGGACCAGUACUUCCUGGAGGACCCAUUACCCACCACUGAUGUGUUUGCUGGAUGUCAGAUACCCUACCCAAAACGAGAGUUUCUCAACGAGGACGAGCCAGAGGACAAAACAGAGAAGAACCAGACCCAGCAGCACCAGCAGACGGCAGGUCAGAACCAGGCCCAGAACCAGGCCCAGAACCAGCAGCAGACCACAGCCCAGCAGGCUCCGUCCCAGCAGACUUCUGCCCAAACCAACGGCACCGCCGGCACCACAGGAACCACCACGGGUGGGGGUUUACAACACAGCCAGGACCAGGGACCGCCCAACAAGAAACCCCGGAUCGGGCCCUCGGGGGCUUCCUCAGGCACAGGAGUGUUACAGUCAGAUUACCAGCACUCCAGCUCCCGCCUCGGUUACCAAACCAGCGUCCAAGGUUCCGCCCAGCCCCAGAGCACCAUGGGAUACUCGUCGUCAUCCCAACAGAGCUCCCAGUACACCCACCAGACACACCGUUACUGAAGCUCCCACACACUCCUGAACCAGCAGAGGAGGCCACUCUUCCUCCUCCUCCUCCUCCUCCUCCUCCUCCUCCUCCUCCUCCUCCUCCUCCUCAGACAGCAGACAGAAGACCUCAGCAGACGACGUCAGUGGACGCCAUCCUGGUCACACCCCAUUCUGUCCAUGACAUCCCAGUCUAUCUGAUGCCUGACGACUUUAAUGAAGGUAAACAAAUACAGGAACCACAAAACUGAAAGGUAACCACGAGUUGUGCCUCGUCAG